CAGCGCGCAGGCGCAGUUCCUGGCUCCCGGCGGCGUGUUCCUCUUUCCCCAGGUUCCCAGCAUCCUGGCAGGUGGACGCUGUCUUCACAGUGCGCCUCCGGUCGCAGCUUGCUUUCUGCUCCGGUCCCUCGCCCCGCAGCCCCGCAGCUCCCGGGGCCUCUGCUCUGAUCCGCGCGCCGCCACCGGCGACAGAUCCAUGGCCGAGCGCGGGGAACUCGACCUGACCGGCGCCAAACAGAACACCGGAGUGUGGCUGGUCAAGGUUCCUAAAUAUUUGUCACAGCAAUGGGCUAAAGCCCCUGGAAGAGGUGAAGUUGGGAAACUGCGGAUUGCCAAGAAUCAAGGAAGGACUGAGGUGUCAUUUACUUUGAAUGAGGAUCUUGCAAAUAUUCAUGAUAUUGGCGGAAAACCAGCUUCAGUCAGUGCUCCUAGAGAACAUCCAUUUGUCUUACAAAGUGUUGGAGGACAGACAUUAACUGUAUUUACUGAGAGCUCAUCAGAUAAGCUUUCAUUGGAAGGAAUAGUGGUACAAAGAGCCGAAUGCCGACCUGCUGCCAGUGAAAACUACAUGAGAUUAAAGAGAUUGCAAAUCGAAGAAUCUUCCAAACCUGUAAGGCUAUCACAACAGCUGGACAAAGUUGUGACAACCAAUUACAAACCUGUUGCUAAUCAUCAAUACAAUAUUGAAUAUGAAAGGAAAAAGAAAGAAGAUGGAAAACGAGCUCGAGCUGAUAAACAACACGUUUUAGACAUGCUGUUUUCGGCUUUUGAGAAACAUCAAUAUUAUAAUCUUAAGGACUUAGUGGACAUCACAAAACAGCCUGUGCUGUACCUGAAGGAAAUCUUGAAAGAAAUUGGUAUUCAAAACGUAAAAGGGAUCCACAAAAACACAUGGGAGCUGAAGCCAGAGUACAGACAUUAUCAAGGAGAAGAAAAGAGUGAUUGAGAAGAGUGUAAGCCAGCACACCAACAUGACAGCUAAAGGGUCAUGUGCUGAACACACGGCAGCGGUCUGCGAGUCCUCGAGCACUGUCUGUCACAGGGUAAAAAGACUGGUACUUUAAUUUCUCUAGGUAAAUUUUUUAAACCAGUAAUUCUUAUAAAGUUACUUAAAUGGUUUUUGAGAGGAAAGAACAAAUUUAUUUAUAGACUUAAUUUGUUAUUAAACCAGAUUAUUCAUGAUAGGGUUAGGGUUGGGUGGCUAAGAGGGUUUUUCUUUUUAAAUAUUAACUUGUAAAAUGUAAAGUUAGGAAAUGUUUUCUAAAUGUGGACUCUCUGUCCUUGUUUUAUCUCUGAGGAGCUGAGGUAAUACAGAUCCAAAAUGAACGGCACAGCUCAAGAAAAUAGUCAAAAGCUGUCUUUUUUUUUAAACAGGUAAUCUUGUUUCGCAUUCACACAUAUUAAUAAAAGAGCAUUUAUGUUUAGCUAAGAUAGCAGUUUUCAUCAUUAGUUUAUUGUACCCUAGUGAUAGUGACAUGAGAAAUGGAAAAAAAUCAUGGUCAAUUGGUGUUUCUUUCAUUUUUUUUAAAUAAUUCAAAAUUAAAUAUUUUUCCAAAACUUCAAGAUAUGUCUCCCCCGUCCAGAUUAUAAGCUUCUCAAAGACUGACUUUGCCCCAGAGUUUUACUGUGCAUUCAGCAGGCAUGUGUUGACUACUGUAUGACAAAUGAUAUUGACAAACAAAAGGAGGGUUGUCGGAGGGGAGGCCGAUACUUAUAGACAGAAAGGUUAGUGUCAAUUCCUGGGGAAUGAAAAUGUUUCUUUUGUCUUUCUUUUUAACUACUUUUAAAUAAAAGCAAUACGUGUC